AUGAUGGACGGUACAGGCAAGAAUACAGUAAGCUACGCUAAGAUUCGUUUUUGCGGAGACCAAGCCUGGCGCGAUGGGUUGAAAUUCUUCUGGGUCGACACAUGCUGCAUCGACAAGUCUGACAGCGCCGAGCUUCAGCACGCUCUCAACUCCAUGUUCCAUUGGUACCGCAGCGCGGUGAAAUGUUACGUGUACCUAGCAGACGUCUCAACCCAUCAGCAUGGCGACGGCCCCGGUUGGCAACCGGCCUUUCGAGAGAGCAGAUGGUUUUCCCGAGGAUGGACCCUCCAAGAGCUCAUUGCCCCACCGAUCGUCGAAUUCUUCUCUAAAGAGGGCGAGCGCCUGGGAGAUAAGGAGUCUCUGGAACAAGAAAUCCACGAUAUAACCGGUAUUCCGCGAAAAGCCUUCCAAGGUGUCCCUCUAUCUGAUUUCAGCGUCGCCGAACGGAUGCGAUGGAUCGAGAAGCGUGACACAAAAUACAGGGAAGACAAGGUGUACUCUCUAUUCGGGAUCUUCGAUGUACACAUACCGGUUCUCUACGGCGAAGGAAGGCAGAAAGCAUUGAAGCGGCUGCAGGACAAGGGUGGUCUGCUGGCUGAUGCUUACCGCUGGGUCUUCGACAACCCCGACUUCAAGCGAUGGCGCCAGCUGCGGGAGAGUUGCCUGCUCUGGAUCAAGGGAGAUCCAGGCAAAGGCAAGACCAUGUUGCUAUGCGGUAUCGUCGACGAGCUAGAGCGGCGUAUUAUCGCUGACGGCGGCAACUUGGCGUAUUUUUUCUUCCAAGCUACCGACUCGCGCAUCAAUAACGCACCUGCCGUGCUACGAGGCUUAAUCUACCUACUUGCCCACCAGCAACCACGCCUGCUCUCAUAUCUACCGGAGAACACAUACCCCUCCGAUGAUACAAUGGCAUGGAUCGUCCUGUCUAAGGUUUUAUGCGAGAUGCUAAAAGACCCGAACUUGAAGGUCACCUAUCUGGUGAUUGAUGCUCUGGACGAAUGUGUAACAGACCAACCGCAGCUUCUCAAAUUGAUCGUCCAGAUAUCAUCUGUAUCUGCUCGUGUCAAGUGGCUUGUAUCUAGUCGCAACUGGGUGCAGAUCGAAGAACAGUUGGCGAUCGUCGCGCAGCAGUCCAGACUCAGCCUCGAGCUAAACGCCGAAUCCGUCACCACUGCCGUCAGUGCAUAUAUCCGCCACAAAGUCCUUCACUUGUCGCGGCGGAAACAGUACGACAGCACAAUGCAGACGGAAGUACAUGACUAUCUCUCUUCUAACGCGAAUGGGACUUUUCUUUGGGUGGCCUUAGUCUGCCAAGUACUUGCGGACCCGAGAGUUCAGAAGUGGCAGACACUAAAAAAGUUACGGGCAUUCCCCCCCGGAUUGGAUUCCCUGUAUGCGCGGAUGAUGGAGCAGAUUAUUCAGUCCGAUGAUGCGGAUCUGUGCAGGCAAAUUCUUGCCAUCUCCUCUAUUGUUCGCCGACCCAUCAGCCUUCAAGAACUGACCACUCUCGUCGAGAUGUCAGACGAUAUCUCAGAUGAUCCGCAGUCCCUGGAAAAGCUUAUAGGGCUUUGCGGCUCGUUUUUGACUCUUCGAGACCAGGCCCAGGGCGCCAAGCCCGAAAAGGGAAGGCGUUGGGACAUACAUGAGGGGCCUCUUCUCAGCCUUUACUGUAAUGGAGAGCUGCUCUUGAGUGGAUGGGUAAAGAGGAGAAGGCAAUGCAGUGGAAAGAUGGUCUUGAUUGGAUGCUUGCUCGCUCUGAUGCCCUCCACAUCACGUGGUUGA